AUGAUGGUUAUGCGGUAUUCUAUUCGAUUGGCUGUUUGUUCGCAGUCUAUAUUGUGGAGAGGUUUAGCAGCCAGAGUGCCGAAUGUGAAGGUUCAGUUUAAAAACAGGGGUGAGACUUUGGAAGCAAUAGGUAAAAUAGGCCAGUCAUUGUAUGAAGUAGUGGUUAAUGCCGACUUGCCUAUUGACGGUUACGGAGCAUGCGAAGGCACCUUAGCCUGUUGUACGUGUCAUGUUAUUCUCAAGCCAGAACAUUACAAAAGAUUACCUUCACCAGUCGAAGAUGAGCUUGACCUGUUGGAUCUGGCACCUAAAGCAACGGAUUUCUCACGUCUUGGUUGCCAAGUAAAAUUAACAGAAGAAGAUCUACCGAGCAUAGAGGUUAUCGUACCAUCCGAAGUUCGCGAUGCGAGAGCCUACGAUUAA